AUGCAAUUAACUGCUCGUUCGCUAGGCGAGUGGCCUAUCACCCCCGAUCAUGAUAGUGAUAUCCAUGUCGUGUGUGACUUGGUCAAGUCAUGGUUCAAGUUGCUCCCCGAACCUGUCUUCCCAUCGUCGUCUUAUUUCAAUGUUAUCGAGGCGAUGAGCAAAACCCAUUCCACCAUUGUUUUUUCAAUGCUCAUAGAGCUCGAGAAUCUUAAUUCGCGGCUUGCGUGUAUCCGGAGUGUUGUGAGGCUUCCUCAAGCAAACUUUGAAGAAUCACCGAACAUCUUGAUAGGUGAGUUUUUGUGCCUAGUAGCCGACUAUGAGGAAUGCAACCAAAUGACAGCUGAAGUCCUUGCAAUCGUGUUCGGUCCCAACCUCCUGCUGGCACCUCAGAAUGACUUUGCCCUGGUUUUGUCGAACAUGGGACAUACCCGCAAACUCGUGAAAGCCCUGAUCACUCAUGUACGUGAUGUGACACCAUUCAUCGUUUCUUCGCCGAUGCUCGCUGCAGUUCCAUGUAAUCUUUGA